AUGGGCGAUUAUUUCAAACCAAAAGUCAUCAACUUUGAAAAUGUGAGUUUGAAGUAUGACACUUUAGACUCGGCUGUUAUGAAUGAAAUUGUGGAAGAAACAACAAACAGAAACAUCCAAACUUUACACAUUGAAGUCGCUCAUAAUAAUAUGGACAAAAUAUCUCUUUCUUGUAUUAAAGCAAAAAGAAUUGAGUUAUUUGUUACACGUGGAAAAACACUGAAAUUUACCAAAUGUGAGACAUUGUCUGACAUCUAUGUGAACACUAAAAUGUGUGCUGUUGAUCUCAAAACACUUCUUGACAUUCAGUCGCUUGAGAGAAUUGAAAUCAAAGGAAAUUGUAUAUUGGAGAAAACCACAAAGGAACACUAUGAAGUGCACAUGCCAGAACACUACAAAAGUGUUGUUUUUCACACAAAAUUUGCGUUAAACACACUUUUUGAUUAUUCGCAAUGUUACAAAACACUUCAAAAAAUAAAGAUGAACACAUCUGAUGCUGAAAUUGACUUGUUUAAAUUUGGAGAAUUGCUUGAUAUAGAUAUUGAAAGCACAUCUCCAACACACUGCACUCUCACUCUUCCAAACAUCAACAGAAGACCAACAACUUUUAAUACAAAGGAUUAUAGUAGACCUUAUAAAGCAACUUUGGUAUUCAAGUCAAAGAGUGCAAAGCUGUGUGUCUACAAUUUGCGCAAUUUGACUGAAAUUGACAUUGAAGGCGACAUCGAUGAAUUGGACUUGAGUGAUUGUACGCUGUGUGAAAAGCUGCGAGUUGUUUCAAGUGCAAAAGAGACUCUAAUAACACCACAGUCUUUCUAUCAGCUUUAUCAGUUGUUUGAUAAAACAAGGAGCUUGGCGUCCCUUUAUUACAACCCAAUUUGUUAUUCAUUCAUUUUGAGAGAAAUUGCAUUUAAAGGGAAUGUGAAUAUCAAGCACAAUCAAUUGUAUUUCAGAGUCGUGUUUUGUGUUGAUGUGGAUACUAACAUAGACAUUGAUUCAAAGUACAUUAAUCAAAUAUCAAUUUUUGGCGUUAGAAGAUUAAAUUUUGGAGAUGUCAAUGUACAAGAUAAAACAGUUAUGGAAAAGCAGACAAAAGAAACGUUAGAAAUUGCUACAAAAAAUCGCAACAUCAAAAUUGGAAAACAAACACCAAAAUUCAAACUAAUUGGAAAUCUUUUUUAUUUUGUUGCAGAACACUUGACAGAAGAUGACAAAGAAGACAUCAAGUUUGAUACUAACAGAAAAAGAAAGAUGGGAAAAUCUCAACAGAAAACAAAACAUUCAAAAAACAUGUUGUGUGUUGAACAACAAUACGAUGAUCACUUUAUCAAUUCAGAAGAUGUUGAUUCAAACGAUUCAGAAUGUGAAUGA